UGCGAUGCAUGGCCGAUUCCUGAUCUUGGUCUGGGCCUGGUGUUUUCCGCUGAUGCUUGCAGUCACGGCGGCUGAGGAGCAGCAAGGGGAAGGCUGCUCGGCCAAGUGCGGCAACGUUACAAUCUUAAAUCCAUUUUGGUUCACUGACUUGGAAACGGGAAGAUCAUGUGGUUCGCCUGGAUCGCGGGACUUUGAGCUUACAUGCUAUAACGGCAGUUAUCCACUUCUUCCGAGCUCUGUGCCCAACAACGCCGGCUUUGCAGUCAUGGACAUCUCCUAUAGGGAACGCAGCCUGCGUAUCGUUGAUCUAAGCAAGCUGGAACUAUUUCAGGUCUCCAGCAGCUGCCUGCCGAUGUGGAACACCUCCGUCAAACUGGCCCCCCAGUUUAGGAUCGACCCCAUCAACCUGAGCCUCAUCUCAUACAACUGCACGGAGGAGGCCGGGGCAGCAGCACGCCAGGAGAAAGAGCUGGUGCAGGCCACGACGAUGAGGUGCGUGAACACGAGCAACGCGUUUGUUCGCGCGGGCGUGCCAUACGACCCCGCCGGGGACUAUGCCGGCUAUGCCUUAGAGGGCUGUGAUGCUCUCGUCGUGCCGGUGCUGGGCUCGUCAGCACGGGCGAACGCGAGUGACUACGAGCGGCUCAUCCGCGAUGGCUUCCACCUGACAUGGGAACUGCCUCCUCUCCCUCCAGCUGCACCUAUGACAAGGAAUGAACCUCCUCCCCCUCCACGUAAGUUAAUCCCUUCAAAUUAUCUUUAA